AUGUUGAAGGCCUCCAAAGAAUCAAGAGUAGCUUUGCAGCGCGUGCUGCAUCUCGGUCAGGCUUCAGGAAGGCCUGGGGAAAUCUACUACCCUCUCCAGCUCAGAAGGGCUGACAAGCCUGUCCCUGCAGAACAUGAGGUCCUCGUCCAGCUCAAAGCAGCUGCGUUGAACCAUCGCGAUCUCUUUGUUAGACAACAUCAGUACCCUGCCAUAUCCCUCGACCAUCCCAUGUUAUCGGAUGGUUAUGGAGUGAUUACUGAAGUUGGGCAGGGUGUUUCUGAUAGCCCCUUACUCGGAGCAAACGUCCUCCUGACUCCGAUGCGAGGCUGGAUUUCCGACCCAAGUGGCCCAGAGGACCCUAAAAAAUGGUCCAUCACUGGAUCCACCCGUCUCUAUGACGUUGGCACAGCGCAAGACUUUAUUUGCGUUCACAAGGAUGAGGUUGUUCCGGCCCCGAAACACCUAUCCCCUACAGAGGGCGCGGCUCUACCACUGGUAGGACUUACAGCAUGGCGUGCACUCGUCACCAAAGCUGCUGUCCAGCCAGGCCAGAAUAUUCUGGUUACAGGUAUCGGAGGCGGCGUUGCUCUCUCAGCCUUGCAGUUUGGCGUGGCUAUGGGUGCUAAUGUCUUCGUUACAUCAGGGAGUCAAGAAAAGCUCGAGAGAGCUAGAGACUUGGGUGCGCAAGGUGGCGCGAUCUACAAGGUGGAGAAGUGGGAGGCAGAUAUUCGCCGUCAGCUUCCGUCAUCGAGGCCUUUCAUCGAUGCUGUCAUUGACGGCGCUGGCGGUGAUAUCGUUACCAAAGCUGUAAAGCUUCUCAAGCCUGGUGGCGUCAUUGUUCAAUAUGGUAUGACCGUCUCGCCGAAGAUGAGUUGGACUAUGCCAGCUGUUCUGCUGAAUGUGGAAUUGAAGGGAACUACGAUGGGGUCUAGGCAGGAGUUUCGAGACAUGAUCGCCUUCGUCGACAGUAAAGGAAUCCGACCAGUGAUCAGUAGAGUAGUGCAAGGUCUGAGCAGCCUUGCAGAUAUUGACGGGAUGUUUGAUGAUAUGAAAGCUGGACGACAGAUGGGCAAGCUUGUUAUUACAAUAGACGAUCCAAGUAGCCCUAAGAUGUAG